UUGACACUGUAAGCAAGGAAAAGGUAUUGUCAAGACAACUAGGAAAUGAGUUCAGAAGUUAUCUAUUUACGCUGUGGUAUAACAUUUUUUUUAAAACAAUGAGAGCAUUUUCCUUUUGGUAUAAAUAGCUAUGUGAACUUGGGGAAGUUACUUAAACUUCUGGCUCUUAAUUUUUCUCAUCCAUAAAGAGAGGUAAUAUGUAAGGUCUUUUCCAGCUUUAAUAUUCUAGUAUUUUCAAGUAAGAAGUUAUUCUGUGUCCUAAUGUUUAUCUUGUUUACUGAAAGGUAUACCAUCUUUUAACCGUACAACUCUGCCAGUCGCUUUCCUGGUGGAAAAAUGAUCAAGUCUCUCCUAAAGAGAUAAAAGAGAUAAAAGACAGUCCCCAUUUUAUAAGGAAAAUCUGGGCACAUGUGGUUUUGUUUUGAAUGUAAGCUGGUAAUUUUGUCCAACUGAAAGAUGUGUAUAUACACCUGAUUUUUUUUAAAAAAAUCUUACUUAUAAAACCCUAUAUGAUCAUGGAUAGAAAUGUGGGUUUUUACUAUUAGGACUUCUCUCAAUAAAGGGUUGAAGGCGAGCACCUGAUAAUUUAAUCAUGAGGACUACAGACAGUGGUAAAAUAAAACAACUUUAUGGUACCAUUACAUACCUAUUAACUAAUAAGUAACUAUAAAGAAAUUUCCAAUGUUGGUGAAGAUGUAAGAGCAGGGAUUUCAAGUUCAAAUGCUUACAGAGACCAGAUAAGUAAUAAAAAUUGUGUGAUAUUGGCUGCAUGGGGGCUCUGAUAUCAUCAUGAAGGAAUCCUGGCCCAAAAUGUUAACAGGCCUUACAUUUUUUUUCAAGAGGAACUAGAAAUCCAGAUUUUAGAUCUGAAGAGAUAUCCUGGAAACCACCCUUGCACUGUGCGGUGUUUGUUGAAAACAUGUUUGGAAGAUUGACUUUUCCACAACUGCUUUUUGCUACCAUCCUUGGAAUUGCUGGAGGAAUAUAUAUUUAUCAACCAGUAUUUGAACAGUAUUCCAGAGAUCAGAAGGAAUUAAAAGAAAAGUUGAAAUUGGUACAAGACUCAGAAGAGAAGAAAAGUUAAUACUACAUGGAGUCGAACUGUAAUUGCUUAAAGUUCCAUUGAAAUUAUACAUUGACUAUAAAUAAUCUAGUAAAAAGUUAUCAAAUAUAUUUUAAUUGUAAAUAAAUCAUAGAUAAUGAUUUUAAAUUAGUUUUAAAACUAGCACUGUCAAUUUUAAUGUUUCCUGUAUUCUUAUUUGCCAUUUUAUGUCUUUUCACCAGGACAGAUUAGUACUUUCCUUUUAAGCAAAAAUGAAUGUCUUAAGGAAUAUUUUAUUUCCUAGUUGAAGCUUCUUUUUUCUGGGAAUGUGGCCUAUACAUUGGCAGUCUAGACUGUAUAAACUAGCUGGGAAUGUUGUUUACAGUUGUGUUUGUAGAUUAAAUUAACCAAGUUAACUUCAGGCAGGAUGCCCCUCAGUUAGCCUACAAUUAGCCUGCUUUAAUAUACUUUAGAAGUCUUUUAAUCCCAGCCCUUUCUCAUCCCAGGCAGAAUGGCGGAGUAAAUUGAGAAUUGGGGUGGCUCAGAUCAAAUGGAGGUUUUUGAGAAGGUAGGUGGUGUCACAUAGGGUGGCAAACAAGCCACAGCUCUGUUUACUUAACCCACCAAGCAAAUUUGCAUUAUAAUGGUGGUCAGGGAGGAGUUAAUUUAUUAUGAAGCUAUUCACAUAGUUAAAGGGUUUUUUGGAAAUCACUAAGAACUGAUAUUUAACAACGAAAGCUUAAAUGUAAUCACAUAUGUAUAAAAUGCUUUAAAUCAA